ACAGCAGAGGAGCAAAAGCUGUACGAGAAGAUUGACUUUGACUUGGAUGAGUACUGUAAAGAUGUGGGGGUUGACCAGCUGCUGCAUGACACAAAGGAGCAAAUCCUCAUGCACCGUUGGAGAUAUCCUUCUCUUUCCCUUCAUGGUAUUGAGGGGGCUUUCUCUGAAGCAGGAGCCAAGACUGUUAUUCCUCGCAAGGUCAUCGGCAAGUUUUCCAUCCGCCUUGUGCCUGACAUGGACCCCAAAGUUGUGAAGAAGCAGGUCAUCGAUCAUCUGCAGAAGAGGUUUGCUGAACUGGGAACCCCCAAUAAACUGAAAGUGACAGGGGACAGCGGUGCCAAAGCCUGGGUCUCAGACUUCAACCACCCACACUACAUGGCAGGGAGAAAGGCCAUAAAGACAGUCUUCGGGGUCGAGCCUGAUCUGACUCGUGAGGGCGGCAGCAUCCCGGUCACCCUGACCUUCCAGGAGGCCACAGGCCGUAAUGUCAUGCUGCUUCCUGUAGGGUCCUCUGAUGAUGGAGCUCACUCUCAGAAUGAAAAGAUCAACAGAUCAAACUACAUUCAGGGAGUCAAGCUGCUGGGAGCAUAUUUCCAUGAGGUCUCUCUGCUGGAGUGAUUUGAUGGUUUCUCAUAAUGACAGGUGUAAUAUAUGCUCAUCCUCCAUAUCAGACCAUAAACUUUGUGUGGAUUUACUUUUCACAAUGAACGGUUUUAUACACCCUGUUGAUAAUAUACAUGUUUUUGUUACUUUUUUCUUUUCUUUUCAUGAUGUAACAGGAUUUACUUUUGAUGCAGUGCACUACUUAGCAUGUGGGUCAUAACUCACAAUAAUACUGCCAGGUCUCUCUUGGAAAUGAGAUUUUUAAUCUCAAUAAGAUUUUUACCUGGCUAAAUAAAGGACUAAUAAAAAAAUAAAAUAAUGUUCGUAAGCUUAAUUUAGAAGCUGUCAAAUGUGUUUGAGGCAUCAGUGACAGCAGCAUGACCAAAUGCUGUUAUUGUAUUAGUGUUUUCCACAUCACAGCAUU